GACUCAUUAAAUAUUACUCCAAUCUAUAUGGACAAAAUUACCCUUCAUCUUCAACAACCUUCUUCAAUCUCCAAUCUGUGCUCUCCCAUCCCUCCAAUCUUCCCUCUGCUGUCUCCGAUCGGAACUCUCCGAUCCCACUGAACUCCUCCAACACUCCUUUCGCUCACUUUCAGUCUCUUCGCUCUUGUUUCACUACUCUUGCCACCAAUACCUUAGCACAUUCAAAAUUAGGGUUUACUUAGGGUUUAGCAGUGCAAUUUGGAAGCGAUGGAGAAGAAAUCAAUGGCUGAUCUAAACGAAAAGGUGAGAAAUUACAUACCUGAUGAAAUAACUUACUCAAUUCUAUCAAAGUUGUCUCUUAAGUCAUUGAAACGAUUUGAAUGUGUUCAAAAAUCAUGGUCUCUCUUAUUUGAAAAUCAUUUCUUCAUGAACAUGUUCCGUAACAAUUUCUUAUCUAAUAAUAAUGACCCAUCAUCUUUCAUCUUUAGUGAUUUUUUAAACUAUAAUGAAGAAGCUUUUAUUUCUUUUUCUGGUGAGAGGUUUGAGAAUAAGGUUAAAUUAGAUUGGUCAAGUUCAUCUCAAAACCGUUUUCAUACUACUCGUAUUCUUGGUUCUGGGAGUGUUAAUGGCAUACUUUGUCUCUAUGGGGGUAAUGACGACAUUGUAUUGUGGAACCCAGUCACCCAAACAAUAAAGCCCCUUCCUGACAGUGAGGCACUGCUGGGUAUUGAUUUGUCUAUCCCAGAUGAGGCUUUGGGUAUUGUUCAUUGUUCUGUUGAUACUUAUGCUCACGGAUUUGGUUAUGACCCUGUUACAAAUGACUAUAAGGUCAUUCGGUUUGUAAAUGUUUAUUUAGAAUCAAUAGCCCAAUCCGAUGACGACUUCGAAGAAGAAAUUAUAACUUUGGACUGGUUGAGUUACGCAGGUUUUGACCCCUUGAAUUUCAUUGGUUUCCCCUUUUGGGAGAUAUAUAGUCUAAGAAGUAACUCCUGGAGGAAACUUCAUGUUGACAUGCCGUUUUCAUUGUUUUAUAGUAACGACACCCAAGUCUACAUGGAUGGAGUAUGUCAUUGGUUGUGUGAAGCAAAUUAUAUUAACGUUGUACCCUGUUUGGUAUCGUUUUACUUUAGCGAUGAGGAGUACUUUGAAACAUCGAUACCCUCAGACCUAGAUGAUUGUUUUGUUGAUAAAUUAACAUGGUUAAAAUUGGCGGUGUUAAAUGGAUCCAUUACAUUGAUCUCGUAUCAUAAAAAGACAACUACUUUUCACAUAUCAAUUUUGGGUGAAUUCGGUUUGGAGGAAUCGUGGACUAAACUCUUAAUUGUUGGACCAUUGUCUUGUGUGGAGCGUCCUAUCGGAGUGGGGAUGAAAGGAGAAAUAGUCUUCACAAGAAAAGAUAGAAAACUAGUCUGGCUUGAUUUAAGUACCCAAAUGAUUGCAGAGCUAGGUUACAAUGAAGCACGGAUUUAUUCUAGUUCUAGUCGGAUAAUAACAUACAAGGAAAGCAUUCUUCCAAUUGAAGGAAUAAGUAAUUGAUCUAUAGUUUACUCUAUUUCAGUAAUUAUUGGGAUAUUACCUUGUUUACUCUAUUCCUAUUUGCAAACUAAUUUGGUUUAUGUAUCAAUGAAAUGAUUGACAUUUUAUCCUUAUUGAAUGAUCUCUAGUUUUAUGUUGAAAUAACUUCUAUUUGAAAAACUUGAUAAUCUAAUGAACAAUAAAUCUAUAUUUGAAACUUUUUUCAUGC